AUGGAUGGAAAAGAAGAUGGUGAAGCAUACGAAGAGCAGGCUUCCUCGCCUAUUCAGGUUUUGCAGGAGAUAUCCGAGGAGGCAUUUAAAAUGGCAGGGGAGACACUGCAAAACAUGUACUCGGGUAAUUCGAGCAUGCCGCCAUUGGCACCGGGGCAUAGACGCUCCCAAAGUGAAGUUGUAACUACGAGACACCGGCGCAGUAACAGCUUGCAGAAAUUGAAAUGUCAAAUGCAGAAGGCUUGGAAAUGGGGUAGCAAUUCGAGGGGGGAUUUGCGAUUGGCUUUCAAUCCUGAGGUUUUGGCAAACCAAAAACGCCAAUGGUAUCAGCUUCACUCCAGAUCAAAGGACCGUAUAAAAUUGACGGAGCCAGAUUCACUGUUUGAGCAUUUUAUUAUCUCGGGGCUUCAUCCUGAUGUUAACCUUGAGACUGUGGAGGGUGCAUUUGUCAAGAGAAGGAAAUGGGAGAUAGAUAUGAUAAACUCUGGAAUAGUAGACCUUACAUUGCUACAGCAGCGGGGACCUCCAAUCCCAACAUUAGAACCUCAGAUACUUUUUAAAUAUCCUCCUGGGAAGCGGCUAGCAAUGCGUUUGAAAGAUUUAUCUGCCUUUUGUUUUCCUGGAGGGGUUAAGGCACGGUUAAUGGAGAAGACUCCUUCACUAAGUGAUUUGAAUCAAGUUGUUUAUGGACAGGAGCAUUUAGGCAAAGAUGAUUUAGCAUUUAUUUUCUCACUCAAGGUGGCAGACAAUGCAACACUUUAUGGUAUUUGCCUACAUGUGUCAGAAAUUGUUCAGAGGCCUCCUGCUAUCUUAGGCAUCUCAUCCCCUCAUCCUCAUUCAUCUGGAGGACUCUUCCGUUUUUUGGUUUCUGCACCUCGAUGCUACUGUGUGCUAUCCAGAGUUCCUUUUUUUGAGUUACAUUAUGAGAUGCUCAAUAGUAUCAUUCAAGAGGAGCGUCUGAAUCGAAUAACACAAUUUGCUAGUGAAAUAUCCCUCCAUGAUUAUGUUCCUACAUUGCCCAAAGUACAUGAUGAAAUGAAUGAUCAUGAUGAUUCCCCUCAUAAGGAGUCAUUUGAUGAUUGGAUGGACUCUGCAAUACCUGUUGACAGUGCACUAGCCCUUACGGCUGCUGGUGCAGGAAUUAGAUCAGAUGAUGAGACUCCACCUUCUUCACUCAAGAUAUGGGAACCUCAGUCCCCUGAAAGUGUUACUGCUAGUGAGAGUUCAGAUUUUAGUCAAGUACGGUAUUUAGACAAGGAUGGUAGAAAGGAUUCACAAUGUUAUGAUGACUAUGGUUUUGAGGCCAUAGAAACUCACUCGGAGACUUCAGAAAGAAUAUAUGGAAGCUAUGGAAAUGGCCACACUUCUCCAGAGGUUGGGCCAUCUUUCUCCUCCAGGAAUCGCACAUUGGAGAGUCUUGGGAGUUCUGAAUAUCUAUUUAGAAAUGGCCAUACUUCUCCAGAGGUUGGGACAUCGUUUUCCUCUAGGAGUCGCACAUUGGAACGUCUUGGGAGUUCUGAAUCUCUAUUCAGUCCAGCUAGAAGCAUGGUAUCAGAGGAUGACGACGAUGACCUUUUCUCAAAUUGUGAGAAAGAGUUUGGUGAUGAAUUGAUAAUGGAAUGGGCUAGGGAGAAUAAGAACGAUUUGCUACAGAUUGUUUGUGGUUUUCAUGCUCUGCCUCUUCCCCAACCAGGAAGUGAACUAGCUUUUCAACCUCUUGAACAUCUACAGGCUAUUGAGUAUAGGCGACCUCCAGUUACUGCCCUUGGUUUUGAUGAAAAAAGUUUAGAUUCGUUUGAAGAUCCUGGGGUCAAUGCUAAAUUGGCUGCUGCUGAGGAAGCUUUUGCACUAUCACUAUGGACGACUGCUACAAUUUGCCGAGUUCUCUCCCUUGAAAGCAUUUUAGCGUUGUUUGCGGGUGUGUUACUAGAAAAACAAGUGGUAGUAGUGUGUCCGAAUCUGGGUGUGCUAUCAGCUACAGUGUUAUCUCUCAUUCCCAUGAUUCGUCCAUUUCAAUGGCAGAGUUUAAUGCUUCCUGUUCUACCAGGGAAAAUGGUUGAUUUUCUUGACGCCCCAGUUCCGUUUAUUAUCGGGAUACAACAAGUUCCUGCAGAUCUAAAGAGGAAAGCAUGGGAUCCUGUUCAAGUUAAUGUGCAAAAGGAUCAGGUGAAAAUGUGUCAUUUGCCAACACUUCCAAGACAUAAAGAUCUGGCCUCUGAACUAGGGCCCAUCCAUGCUAGACUGUCACGUGAAGGUUCAUUUGCUAAAAAGCAUCCUGUAUAUAGGUGCAACGAAGUGCAGGUCGAAGCUGCAGGUCAGUUUUUAGACGUCAUGAAGAACUACUUGGAGUCACUUUGUUCUGAGCUAAGGUCUUACACAAUAACGAGUGUACAAUCAAACAAUGACAGGGUUUCUUUACUUCUUAAAGAGAGCUUCAUUGAUUCCUUUCCUAGCAAGGACCGGUCGUUUAUCAAGUUGUUUGUAGACACACAAAUGUUCACUGUUCUAUCGGACUCUCGCCUGUCAAGCUUCGAGAAUGGUGAACCCUAA